AUGCCGGGAGGGCAGCAGCAGUCCCAGACUGGGGACAACGACACCACACCCAUGGAGGAGCCUCAGACUAAUCAUUGCCUGGCACGUGUUGACGCCGAUGCGAGUUUCCCUAAUCCUUUGUACGCCUCCGGAGAAGACACCACAUCCAGUCAACACGGUCAGACUGAUUGCACUCCCAGCCCUCUAUACGACUCCGGAGAAGACACCUCACCCAUGCAGCAGCCUCAGACUGAUUUGCAGGGUUGUAACGACGCCGUUUUUCCCAACCCCAUGUAUGAAUCCGGAGCAGGCGCCACAGCCAUGGAGGAGCCUCAGACUGAUUGGCAGGCACGUGGCGACGCCGCUGCGGAUGUUCCAGACCCUACUUACGAAUCUAUACCAGACGCCACACCCACGAAGCAAGAUCCCAACCCUCUGUACGCCCCCGGAGCAGUCCGAUUCACAAAGCUGCAGGCACGUGUACAGGAGCUGGAAGGAGACAAAGCUCUGGCUUUCGGGCUUCCGGGGCCUCCUGGACCUCCGGGAGAAAAGGGCGCCAUAGGCCCAGCUGGCCCUGUGGGAAAGGGCGGGCCGCCCGGACCAGUUGGGCCCCGAGGGCUGAUGGGACCCUUCGGGCCGACCGGUUCACCAGAGAUGUCCCUGUCUCCAAGCCCUGCCGGACCGGCUGAACAUGCAGGUGAGGCACUCAUUUUGACAGCACGUGCCGGAAGCUCUUUACGCCAUAGCGACACGUGUUCUGAAUCCAUCCGCAUUGACGGGCGCUGUCAUCUUGGGAUUCUGACGCCUUCCGUUAACCACCUUGUUUCCGGUCUAUAG